AUGGAUGACGCAAUGCGUCGUAGCUUCUUUGGUUCAUCUGAUGAAUUAGAUGAACCAUCGCCGAAGCGAAGGCGCUCGAAGUCGCAAGACUCGGGCGCUAAUAGUGGUGUCGGUUCUCCUAUUGACACCACUUCGCAGCGAGGUGCCAGUCCAUCUGUCGGCACGUCGCAGGAAGAGCGGGACCGCAAUGUCUUGCGUCUCGCUCCUGAGAAGAAGGCAUGGAUGCCUCCCAAAGCCGUCAUGGAUCACUUGUCGUCGCCGACAAGUGAUCGUUAUCGAACACGAUUGUUCGAUUCGUCAAGGAUCCAUCACCUUGACCCCAGUGCGAAAAACUGUCGCGCUGAACAUGAGUUCUUCAUCGAUGCUUUCUUUAGACAUCAAUGGUACAGUUAG